AUGACCGGCAUGGUUCAAACUGAUCUUGCUCAUCCAACUGCGUCAAAAUACAAAGACGAGCCUGUUGGCGAUCCUCUUCGACACUCUACAAAUCACACUCCACAACACCCUCAUAUCCAACUUCCCAGAACAACAAAUCUCAUUCAUCCCCAGAAACAGCCUGGUUCUCCGCAUCAGCCAAGCACCACUCUUCCCUCUGGGUCCUACACGUCUCACGCACUAGGAAACGGCAUCUUACAUCAGCCUCCAUACGGCCAACCCUCACAGGAACAGCCCUAUUACACAUCCCAUUCUUCCUACACAACUGCGAGCACACCAUCGCAGUACACUUCAAGCGGACCUCCUGAAAUGAUGGCGGCUACUACGCAAAUGCAGAGGCCAUACCCUCCAAUUUACCAUACUCCUCAAUCCAGCUCUCCUGCAUCAGUAGCCUCUCAAACACACGAACAACAUAGCCGAAGUCUAUACACACAAUCUCCGCAGAUGACAUCUCAGAUUUAUGGAUACCAGCCUUAUCCAUCAAUAAAUCCAGUCCAGCCCUCGCCAUACGCAACGCAUACAUCGCCACCGCAGCAUCCCAUCACAUCGCAGCCGUUGAUGUUACCUCAUCAAACAAGCACGUCCCAAAUGUCACACCAAUCGUCUCAACCACCGACUAGUACAUUAACCAGUCCAAGUACAGCCACAACACAGCAGCACACACCCCCACAAAGAGCAGUGCUGAACCCACCAUUACCCACGACAACAGGUCCACUAUCUGCUGGCAGUAUUCACCAUCAAAGCCCGAAUAUCGGAGCAAGCUCCAGUGCUGCACCGGGCCCAAUACCGGCAACAACUCCCCUUGUUGUGCGGCAAGACAGCAAUGGGGUGCAGUGGAUUGCCUUUGAAUACUCUCGAGAUCGUGUGAAAAUGGAGUAUACCAUUCGCUGUGAUGUCGAGUCCGUCAAUGUGGAUAACCUUAGCCAAGAAUUCAAAACGGAGAACUGUGUCUACCCUCGAGCUUGCUGCAGCAAGGACCAAUACAGAGGUAACCGGUUAGUCUAUGAGACGGAAUGCAAUGCUGUCGGCUGGGCUUUGGCCGAACUCAACCCGGCUUUGAGAGGAAAACGCGGUUUAAUCCAACGAGCGGUUGACAGCUGGAGAAAUAGCAACCAAGACCCUCGGCUCCGAAGCAGACGUGUGAGGAGAAUGGCUAAAAUCAACAGACGGCAAGGUAUUCCACCACCUUCUCACAUGGCCAGUGGGACGCCCGUUGCCCCUGGAGUGCCAGGCCCUAGCCUGGCAGCACCUGCCCCUCGUCCCCCACUGGGGCCAUUGCCUAUGGGGCCUCCGCAACUGCACCAUCACCACGCACAACCUGAGGGAAGCACAGGUAAUGAGGAAGUUAGCGGCACCGCCGACUUCACGAACGGUACCAAUCGCCCACCCGCAGCAGAAGGCCACCAUGCCUCAACGGGUCAAACACCGAUAGACAUUCGCAGUGCACAAGUGUUCCACGGCUACCCAGCAUUUCCGCCUCCUGCAGAUGCUUCGGGAGGUUCCAGAGGCCCUUCGAUACCGCCUCUGAUUCGAGACAGCGGAAUAGCAACGCUCGGGCGACAUCCGACCGUUGCGACAUCGUCGAGCAAGUUUGACCAAGUAGAUGAUGAUAAUGACGAUGAGCAUAACCCGACUAUUGACGCCCUCUUCGGAACCUUUCCUGAAGGUAAACGGCGCAAAUUCAUACUCGUGGAUGACGCUCAAAAAGGGUGUCGUGUUAGGGUUAAGGUCAUGCUAGACCAGGUAAACAUGAAUGAGAUCCCUGACUCGUAUCGUAUGUCCAACGCAGUCUACCCGCGAACAUACUUUCCAGUUCAGAUGAAAAACCCCCCAGGUCGUGUCGUCCCGGGAAGGAGAUAUAUCAAGGAUGAUACCGAAGCUGACGUUGACGACGAGACCGCAACUGUCGGAAGGAUUCUGGUUCCAACCCCUCAAAUUGACGGUGAGAACGAAGUUGCCGUACCCAAAAUAUCACGAGGUCGCCGUCAGAAAGAGGUGUUGUUGAACGAUCUGGGUUACCGAAUGAGCUGGAGCCAAAGUCGGAUUUUUGCUGGAAGGAUGCUAUUCCUGCAGCGAUCUCGUGCGUGA